UGUGAGAAUUCAGCGCGAGGGCUAUGAAUGUCUGUCCGUCAGUGUCUCCGAUUGACAUCUGAUUCUCGCUCUCAGCCACAUAAACAGACACGUUCUCAUGUGAUGACUGAUCUCAUCUGAUCUCAUCGCAUUCGCGUACUGUGCACCUGCAGCGUGGUAAAAACCAUAGAUAGCAAAAAAUUGUUCGUGUUCAUUGCAACGGAUGUGCUUUUGAAGCGCUGGGGAUAAUAUGCGUUAGCACAACAUCAGCUCGUCGUUGCGCACGCAUCAGUGCGCGUGCCGGAGGAGAGCAUGAGCGUGCUGACCGUGCUGUGGAGAAUCAUGCGAUAUCUCCUCCUCAGACCCGGGACCCUGCUGCUCCUCUGCAUCAGUCUGGCGCUCUGGAGCUAUCUCUUCCACACGGAUGACGUCAAGACUAUCGUGCAGUCCAUGCACGUGAUGAAGGGGAAGAAUGAUAGAGAGCUUGUGGACGAUGAGCAUGUGUCCAGGACGUGGGAGUUCAGGAGUCCAGCUGCAGCGGUGUACUCUGUCCAGGGCAGGAGGGAUCACAUGGAGGACAGGUUUGACAUCCUCCUCACUGACGCACUCAAUGGGAGUCAUCCGCACAUCUUCAGCAUCUUUGAUGGACAUGGAGGAGAGACAGCUGCGGAGUAUGUGCACACUCAUCUUCCAGCAGUUCUCCGACAACAGCUUCAGCAGUUUGAGAGACAGAAGGAGAACAGCCUGCUGAGCCAUCAGUCCAUCCUCAAGCAACACAUACUCAACAUGGACAAAGAGCUCAUGGAGAAACUCUCAGCCUCCUAUGAUGAAGCAGGAACUACGUGUCUGGUGGCUCUACUGUCCGAGAAGCAGCUGACUGUCGCCAACGUCGGUGACUCGAGGGCCGUCUUGUGUGAUAAAGACGGUAGUGUCAUCUCGCUGUCACAUGACCACAAACCCUACCAGCUCAAAGAGAGGAAGAGGAUCAAGAAAGCAGGUGGCUUCAUCAGUUUUAAUGGCUCAUGGCGUGUGCAGGGUGUUCUGGCCAUGUCCCGUUCACUUGGCGAUUAUCCACUAAAGAGACUGAACGUGUUGAUCCCGGACCCUGAUGUGCUGACCUUUGACCUGGACACACUACAGCCUCAGUUUAUGAUUCUAGCAUCAGAUGGCCUUUGGGACACCUUUAGCAAUGAGGAAGCCGUGCAUUUUAUCAAGGAGCAUCUCCACGAGCCACAUUUCGGUGCUAAGAGCAUCGCCCUUCAGUCAUUUGAACGCGGCUGUACCGACAACAUCACAGUGAUGGUGGUGAAAUUCAAAAAGAGAGCCUCUAAAGCUCCUGUCCAGUGAAGAUGAAUCAACCCUUACAACAAGCCCGGUCCAGCAACCGGCACCAAGCCCGGUCCAGGAACCGGCGCCAAGCCCUGUCCAGCCGGCCUUCCGACCGGCGCUAAGGCCUGUCCAGCCGGCCUUCCGACCGGCGCCAAGCCCUGUCCAGCCGGCCUUCCGACCGGCGCCAAGCCCUGUCAAGCCCCCUGGGGCUCCGCGCCCUGGCGCGUCCCCAAGGGCUGGAACUUCCCCUCCCAGCCCUGCCCCUUCUGGACUUCCCAUGUUUCCUCGUUUGCCCCCGCCCCCCCCUUCCAUGUUUGAUGUUUUUGUUGUCUCACCCCAACCCAUUUGUUAUUAUAUCUUGUAUGCCCCUUGUCAUGUUCACCUUGUCUGUCUGGUUUUUGUCUGUUUCCCAGUCGGUCUUGUCUUGUUAGUUACCCCUUGGUGAACGCCUGGAGGCGUUCAUUUAAGGGGGGGCUUAUGUCAUGGUUCCACUACCAUGUCAUGUUUUAUCCCUGUCUCAAGUGGAGCCAUGGCAUUGCCUGAUGGUUUUAUGUGAGAAAGACAUAGUUCUUUCUCGUGCCUCGUCAUUGUUCCCUGCAUCACGUUCCUCGUCAGCCUCUCCUUAGUGCUAAUCCCCAGCACCUGUUGCUUGUUAUGAUCCUGUGUUUGUCUCCCCUAUAAAGAGUCCUCAUGUUCAUUGUCCUGUGCUCGUGCAUUGUUUCUCGUACCUGUUCUUGUUCUUGUUCCUGUACAUCGUUCAUGAAGUCUUUGUUACCAUGUUCCUGUUCCCUGUGUCUAGUAAGUGUUAGUUUUGUGUAUGUCUCCAGUGUUUGUUUUGUAGUUUAGUAAGUCAGUGUUUGUCGUUAAAGUUUAUUAUUUUUCCUUUCCUGUUUUCCCCGUGUGGGUUUUGUUUUGCCUUGUUAUUGUGUUUUUUGUUUAAUAAAUCCUUGUUACCAUCUAUACCGUCUGUGUCUGCCUGCAAUUGGGUUCCCACGCCAUGUCUCAACCUGAGAUUCAUAACAAUUAUGGAGUAUAUAGUGUUUGUCACGAUUUAUCGGGCAGCCCUGUUUGUCCUGAGCUAUCAAAGCUAACACACGAUGUACCUGUUACGUAAUGUAUUGGUCAAUUUUGGUAAUUUUGUGACCAGAAAUAACAACAUAGCUGGCACGUCCCAUGCACGAAAUUUCAUUAUCAUUCAAUGACCAAUUCAUGACGUCGCCUACACGAACUCAUGAUGUUACAAGAUAACCAAGGACGUUCCAGUUACGUAAAAUAUUAGUAGCCUACUAUUUUGGUAAUAACAUGACCUACAGGUAAAGUUAAUGGCACGUUGCGGGAACAUAAUGUCAUUACCAAUCAUUUUUUUUGAUUUACAUGCUGUUUACUUUUUAAAAUAUCCGUUUAUAACGUUUUUGGUCAGGAUAUUGAACAUCUGUUGAUUAAAUAAGCCAAGCGAUAAUAAAUACGCCACAUGCAGGCAGCUCUCUGUUGUGGGAAUGUAACAGUGCGUGCCUCUUGCACACUCAAGUUCAGAACAGCGCGUGCCCACCAGAGCUGCAUCCAACAGGAGUACCGACAGUUUCUCCGAAGUAAGGAGCUUGUUUUAAUUUCUUAUUUGUCAUUUAAUACUUGUAGAGAACGAAAUUCAAUUGAUUUUUUUACUUAUAUUCUGACAGAAUGUCGUCUGACAGCAGUAACAACGCUUUUUUGAAAGGCUUUCGUACUGUAACAGACCUCACAAUAAAGAGGAAAAAAGUUUAAAGAGAAUAGCUUUCAGGAGAACGACGGGUACAGAGUAAACCAGAUUAUUUUGGAAAAUUGAUUAUUUUUAUUGUAACAUUAUAUAAGUCUUAUGCAUCAAGUUCAAUCACCUACAGUUUGGUAUGACUUCACCUUGGCCAAUGACAAAUGCGGACAUGAUUGACAGCACAACACUACACUCUAGUGAUUACUCAAAGCACAGGUGGCACUUCACCUUUCUCCUCCAACGAACAAGACCCCGCCCCGGGGUCUGGGAGGAUGUACAGCCCGGAUGUCCUUUUACAUCCGCACGAGACUUCCCAGGUUGUGGACCUCUUGGGAAACCAGCCAGUCGCUUGGUAGGUUAGGUUCAGGUCCACAGAACUUGCAUCAACCUUCAGCAAAUCGUGGGUGUUCCUGGUCAACGUGACGCCACUCGUAGCAGCAUCCAGCCAGUCAUGGUACUCAGUUUCAGUGUCUAUUAGAUCCUUCUACGCCUGGGCUUAUCUCUGAGCCAUCCCACCAAAUCUGGUAUGCUGCAACCACGCAAGCCAGUGGCCAGCGCUACUAACGUCCCCAAACUAUCUGUCUAAACCCAAACAGGUCCCGUUAUCUAGCUAUCUUUGCUGCCGGACAGACCCUAAUGGCCUCGAGCAACACACAGCGUCCCCUUAAGAUUCCGUCCCUGAGCGCACACGGCCCUCUUGUCUCUCGUCUCUGUCUUUUUUCUCCCCUGUCUCUCACAUCAGGUCUCUUAAAUGUCCUCACCCUUAGGUGAAAUCAAUCACCCUCACUUGAUUAUCAAGAAGACCCGCCCACAGCUGGCUCAUGGGGGUGGACCAAACCAACCACCACACCCCCUAGCACAAACCCAGAUCCCCAAGUUCAUUACAGUACUGACAGGAAUUAAAGUUCCUCUGACAAGAAAUUUCUUUUAUCAGGUAAUACACAUUACUGCUCAAUGAAUAAACAGCUUUUCCGUAACUAAAUGGUAGUUUACGUGCAAAAAAACAUCGCUUUAGGUUUCAUUUUAUUAUAUUUUAUUUUCAGGUACACAGCACCGGUGGGAGUAAAGAUUACCCACCCAAAGAUUAUAUUUAUGCUUCUGUAAUUAUCUGUCCUGAAUCAUGCUCGAUGCUGUUUUAAAUAAAAUUUUAAAUAAAUCUGUUAUAUGAAGUUAAGUAUCUAAACAAACACUUGUUAUUCCUAUUAAUGUUUUUAAACAUGCUUGUAUACUGUUUUAAAUGCGAUUUCAUAUGUUGCUGUUCAUAUGGUUUUAUCUAUAUAAAUGAAAAGUAUUCUGUGUCAUAAUAUGUUAUUUUAAAAGUCUUUAAAUUAGUUUUGCUGUAUGUCUGCCCAAAGAAUAUUGGAUAAAAUAUUUAAAUUAC